AUGGCUUCGCGUUCCGGACCUAAGGGUAUGGACAGGGCUCUCCAGUCCAAGGUGCUCUCAAAAUACGAUACGACUUCAGAACAAGAAAUCCGCAAUUGGAUUAAACAGUUGACUGGUGAUGAGGUCGGCACUGGAGCAUAUGAAGUUGAAAAAUCUCUUCGAAGCGGUGUAGUCCUGGUCAAAAUGAUGCAAAAGUUAUACGAGGGAACACCUGACAACGAACUUCCUUCGGGUGCGAAAGCAGUGAAUUUGAAGUUUAACAACACUUCAACGCCUUUCAAACAGAUGGAAAACAUUGAAACUUUCUUGAAAGCUUGCAAGGCUUACGGUGUCCCAGAUAACAGUUGCUUCCAAACUGUGGAUCUAUUCGAAGGUCGUAACAUGGCAAUGGUUGUUGCUACCAUCUUGCAGUGUGGAACUGAGGCCCAGCGCCUUAGUUUCCAGGGACCUGUUUGCGGCCCAAAACCUACCGAGAAGCAUGUUGUUAGUUUCACUGAUGAACAGCUGAGAGCUGGAGAAGGAAUCAUUGGUCUCCAGGCUGGCACAAACAAAUGUGCCAGUCAGAUUGGUAUGAAGAUCGGCGGCGUACGACAUAUCGCUGACAUCAGGGCCGACAAUCUUGACAAGACUGGCAAUGCAGUCAUUUCUUUGCAAGCUGGUACCAAUAAAUAUGCCAGUCAGAAAGGCAUGUCCUUUGGAGCUGUACGACAUGUGGCUGACAUCAGGGCUGACGAUAUACAGCAAAACUCCCAUGGCCAUAUCGGUCUCCAAAGUGGGACGAACAAGUGUGCCAGCCAGGCCGGCAUGAUGGGCUUUGGUGCAGUCCGCCACAUUAGUGACAUCAGAGCCGAUGACAUGGACAGGGAAGGACAGUCCGUGAUUGGUCUUCAGGCUGGUAGCAACAAGGGUGCUAGCCAAAAGGGUAUGGUCAUUGGAGCUGUUCGUCACGUAGCCGAUAUUCGAGCAGACGAUCAUGUGAAAGAAGCUGAAGGAGUGCUCAGUCUCCAGGCUGGUACCAAUCAAUUUGCAAGCCAGAAAGGCAUGACAUGUUUUGGUGCAGUUCGCCACAUUGCUGACAUCAGGGCUGAUGACAUGAACAAAGACAGCGAGGGAUCUCUCAGCCUGCAGGCCGGUACCAACAAAUUUGCCAACCAGAGCGGUAUGAGUUUUGGAGCUGUACGUCACGUCGCCGACAUCAGAUGUGACGAUAUUUCCGAGGAUGGCAAAGCGACGAUCAAUUUGCAGUAUGGUAAUCCCAAGGGAGCUAACCAACGUGGUAUGAACAUUGGUAAAGCACGACAUAUUUGUGAUUGA